AUGGGCCUAAGUGAUUGUCUUAUUUAUAGGCUUGUUGUUCGCUGCUUUUUGGAUUAUUCUAUUUGUGCCCCUUUCUACUUCUAUCACAAAUUCAUGCUCUCUGCGUCAGAACCAGUUUUUUAA